AUGAUUCGACGAUUAAUCCGAAAAUUUCAGGGCUCCCCGGCAGAUGCCGAGCAGGAGUCGUUCAAGAAACCCCGACGCUCCGAGAGACUCUCGUCACAACGCGUCGACAACGACGUCUACAAAACACCAGUCUCGACCAGGCAACAGCUACCAUCGCCUGUUACGCACGACGCCAGCGAGGAGAUCGAGCUGUUUAAGGAGGCCACCGCCACUCCACCCGAGGGACGUCCCAGCCAAGUGUCGCAUCGCAAUCCAGACGACAACUUUUCCCAGGGUCUCGCCUUCAGCUCGCCACCCCAAGACACUCAGGCCUUCCCUAGCCAGCAUGUCGACCCGAAUGCCCCGCUGUCUGACGAGGUAGAAGAUGAAGUUAAAGAGGGCGUAUGGGGAUACCUUUUCCCCAUGGACACGCGCUAUGGUGGCCGGUGCGUCGUCAUGAGGAAGAAGGGGACGUGCCCGCCCCCCGAGGCGGCCGAAGAAGCAGCUGCGUCGACGUCGAGGAGGGGAGGUAGAAGAGGCCCAAAAGCCCCUGCCAAGAGCGAGAAGAAAUCCAGCGGUCUUGCAUCCGGAGGCUACUUGAUUGGGAGGCACCCCGAGUGCGAUAUUGUGGUGGAUGAUCCGAUAAUUUCGAACCGCCACUGUUUGAUAUUUACCGAGAACAAGGGCAACGACACUGUUGCUGUGCUUGAGGAUCUCUCGAGCAACGGGACCUUCGUCAACGAAGCAAUAGUGGGCCGAAAUCAACGGAGAGAGCUGCAGGAGCAGGAUGAGAUUGCUGUUCUCGACAAAGCCCGCUUCAUUUUCAGAUACCCAAAGAGCCGUCACACAAGCGCAUUCCUGCAACAGUACACACCACAGGAGAAACUCGGGAAAGGUCACUUUGCAGAGGUCUACCUGUGUGUUGAGAAAUCAACCGGCCAGCGUUAUGCCGUCAAGGUUUUCAGCAAGACACCUGGCGUGGAAGAGAAAUCCAAGAGCGACGGCCUACAGCAGGAAAUUGCCGUGCUCAUGGGCGUCAGCCACCCAAACGUCCUAUGCCUCAAGGACACCUUCAACGAACCUAAUGCUGUAUAUUUGGUGCUGGAGCUCGCUCCAGAGGGAGAACUGUUCAACUUCAUUGUUCAGAAGCAAAAGCUGACGGAGAACGAAACCCGGAAGCUCUUCACCCAGCUGUUUAAUGGCGUCAAGUAUCUACAUGAACGAAAUAUAGUCCACCGAGACAUCAAACCCGAGAAUAUUCUUCUUGCGGACAAAGAUCUGCAUGUCAAGCUUGCCGACUUCGGCCUUGCCAAAAUUAUCGGAGAAGAAUCUUUUACAACAACGCUUUGCGGUACGCCCAGCUAUGUCGCACCAGAAAUCCUGGCCGAUAGCAGACGCCGCAAGUAUACCAAGGCCGUUGAUGUCUGGUCUCUUGGUGUGGUGCUCUAUAUAUGUCUGUGUGGAUUUCCGCCGUUCUCUGAUGAGCUCACUUCGGCGAGCUUCCCCUAUACUCUCUCGGAGCAGAUUCGGAAAGGCAGGUUCGACUAUCCCUCUCCGUACUGGGAUCCUAUUGACGACCUUGCUCUUGAUCUCAUUGAUUGUAUGCUUGUCGUCGAUCCUGAGAGGAGAUAUACAAUCGACCAGUGUCUAGCUCACCCGUGGAUGACCAAAAAGACACCUGGGGUCAAUGACAGCACCAACGGCCUUGUGAGCGGUAUUGCUGGGUUGGAAGUCAACCGGCGCGGCGUGGCCCGAGAGCGCACACUGCUAAGUUCCAUCAAUACGGUCCGGGUUGCCAACCAUGUGCCUAUGGGUGAUAACAAACCCGAAUUGAAAAUAUACUCAAAGAACCCCAAACCCAGCGCGCCACCACCGCCCAAGAAGGAGAUGAGGCCUGCGGAUAUGCGAGACCCUCGCGAAUUCAUGGCUAUGGGCGGUAAGGGUGACCAAGAGCUGUUCGGCAACGACGCUGAUAGCAACUAUUCCAAGAAGGACGUCGCAGAAGCUGCCGCUAGCUCCAAAGCGAAGGGUAAGGGAAAGGGUAAGCCGAGCGGUCGUUGA